UUCACUUUCUCAAAAAGUGUUCAUUGUUGUUAUUUCAUGUGUGAUCAAAUUAAUUUAUAGAUAUUUAAUUACUUAAAACAAUUACUUUUUAAUUAUAAUUACCCAAGAACUUUUUAUCAUUUAUAUGUAUGUUUGGUGAUUCCCUCGCUUUCAUUCAACUAGUUGUCGUUAGCUCGUGAUAAUGUGAUCGAAGUUUAUGAAAACAUUGAACCUGGAAGUGUUAUGGAAAACAUCAGUCAUGAAUUACUUUUGUAUUAUUUUUAUCAUCUUACAUUCAAGUUACUCGUCGAUUUUGAACAAGACUGAUUCAUUGUCGCUUGUAAAAUCAAAUUCGACAUCUGAACAAAAAGUAUGGAACAUAAAACUAGAUAUCAAUUUUGCCAAAACGCUCCCUUCAUUGCUUAAAAAAUCGACAGGAACCGACGUUCGUUUAAAAUGUGAGGCUAUAAUGAAUUUCACUAAAGUCGAAAGAUAUACAAAAAAUAAGGAAGGUGUCGAAACCUCUUUGAAAGAAUUUCCUCCAGACCACAUUCAACAAGCUUUAAUGAAAAACGUUAAAGUUUACUGGUUGAAAAAUAGUAAAAUGUUGACAGAUGCCACUAAAAUGAAAAUCUCCACCAAAAUCGAUAAAGCUAAUGGCACUAUUGGCACUUACCUCAAAUUAAAAGAACUAACUAGCAGUGAUGAAGGGAACUACACCUGUGUUAUAAAACAAAAUUAUGAAAAAAAGAUGACAACAAGGCUCGUUAUUGAAGAUGAUAUGAAUAACUUGGAUGCUUUCGAGCUCCCCACAUAUAGCCCCAUGUUUCCAAGUGGAGGCAGUGAAAGGGAAAUGGUGAUAAAUAUCCGUACAACACCAAAUUUAAUAUCAGAGGGCAUGACCGUGGAGAACAUUAAUACUGAUGUGUCACAGAAUGUUUCCACCCCACAGAAGUUACAACCUAUAUGUCAGGAGUAUGUGGGUAAGGUCUGCAGCUCACACCUCAGAGGGCAGUUUGUUUACAUUCCCUAUGACACAUCGCAAAGGGCACUCGAAGAAAAACUCUUCAAAGCUUUUCAAGUUACGAAAUAUUCAAAUGAUAUAAGCUCUCAUUGUGAACAAUACGCCAUACCUAGUCUGUGCUACUCCACCUUUCCCAUUUGUAGAAAUCCAAUUGUCACCAAUGAAAACUUUUUUAAGGAAGCGAGAGAGGUUUUUAAUAUUCUUCAGAAAACGAAUAAAUUGCCUGUAAACACUGAUAUUGAAGAUCUUUCUGUUGUUAUAUUUAAAAACAUACCACAAGAUCUGCAAUCACAUUUUAAAUUGAACAAAAAUACAACUGAUCUAUUUAAUUUUCGAUAUAAUUCAACAGUACUGAGACGAGUUUGUAAGAGAGAUUGUGAAAUACUGGAAAAUGAACUCUGUCAAACUGAAUAUGCCAUCGCUAAGAGGCAUCCACACAUUGGUCAGCAGUUAACUUUGGAAGAGUGCCAAGAUUUACCGGAAGACGACCUGGACUGCCUCAAGAUUGGCAUCGGCACACUGAUGGUUUCAGAUGAUGAGUGUUACUGGGAGAACGGUAGUGGCUAUCUAGGGAGAGUCAAUGUUUCAAGCAAUGGAAUGCCAUGCAUUGAAUGGUCUAAGCAGCUGUAUGUCAAAGUGUCCGACUAUCCCGAGCUGAGUGGCAGACACAGCUACUGCCGAAACCCCGGUGGAAUCAAGUCACAGCCGUGGUGUAUCAUAGAUAACGAUGGCAAAACUGAUCAGAUGUGUGAUAUUCCCAAGUGUGCUCACAAAAUAUGGAUAUACAUUGUAGUUAUUUUUCUUUUCCUCACCCUUAUCAUCGUGGGUUUUAUAGUUUGCCUCUUUUAUAGACAUAAAAAUAAAAAUAAUGCAGCUACCAUCAGGGAUAUCAAUCUAAAUGCUGAUAAAAAUAUUUAUGGCAAUUCUAGACUCAAUUCUCCAAUAGAAAUGAAUGAGUUGCUCACCAAUCAGAACAGCAGUAGUCAACCACAUUUGACUAUUAAUACUUCUCGUGGCAAUGGUGUUUUACGUGUACCACAAUACUCAUUGUCCCAAAUCAAAUUUCUAGAAGUGUUAGGUGAAGGAGCAUUUGGGAAAGUUUACAAAGGGGCGCUGAAAAAAAAUGGUGAAACUCAAUAUGUAGCUGUAAAAGCUUUAAAAGAAAAUGCAUCUGCAAAAACUAAGGCUGAUUUUAGAAGAGAAAUUGAUUUGAUAUCAGAAUUGACACAUGAAAACAUUGUGUGUAUUGUUGGAGUGGCCCUCAGAGAAGAGCCACUGUGUAUGUUGUUUGAGUUUAUGGCCCGAGGGGACUUGCACGAGUUCUUGAUGGGCCGUGCCCCUCCUUCCGGCAAGGGGUUGCCUUCGUUGAGGCUGUUAAACAUUGCAGAGAACAUUGCAUCUGGAAUGCAGUACUUAGCUUCACAUCAUUAUGUACAUCGAGAUUUGGCUGCUAGGAAUUGUUUAGUGUCAGAUGAUUUUAUAGUGAAAAUUUCAGAUUUUGGACUCUCCAGGGAUAUUUAUAGUUCAGAUUACUACAGAGUGCAGUCAAAAAGUUUGUUGCCAGUGAGAUGGAUGCCGCCAGAAUCCAUUCUGUACGGCAAGUUCACAACUGAAAGUGACAUUUGGUCUUAUGGAGUUGUGUUAUGGGAAGUUUAUAGCUACGGAUUGCAACCAUAUUAUGGUUUCAGCAACCAGGAGGUGAUAUCGAUGGUGCGUGGCGGCGAGCUGCUGGCGGCGCCGGCCGGCUGCCCCGCGCCGCUGUACGCACUCAUGCGCGAGUGCUGGAGGCACGCGCCGCAGAGACGACCCAACUUUGAGGAGAUUGUCAACAGGAUACAGGAGUGGAUUCAAAUGGGUGGAUGUCCAGACAUCGCAACGUCCGAAUCGGGUAGCAUCUGUGGACAUCGACCCACGACGUCGAGCAAGGAGUUACAGGAAAGAGCUCCACUUUUACCUCCUCAUUGUUCUUCCUCCAAUGGCUCCCUGGCCACGGGGAGUUUGAAGAAGUUCAGUACAGUUGGCUCCAGUUCCAAGGUAGCGGACGAUAACUUCUCCACUUGCAGCGAAGUGCCCCCUUUAGCACCCAAAACUAAAAAAUUUAGUUCAGGGUCUCUUAUAGAUACAGACAAAAUCGGCACCAAGGAAACUGUCGUUAGAUUACCCAGCAAACAUUACGGCAAUGAAAUAUAGUUACGGUUAAGAUAUUACUAGGCAUAAUAUUAUUUAUAAAUAAUUUUAGCUAAAAUUUAUAAGGCUUGAUUAUGUCUAAUUCAUAAGUUGACCUAAAUUGGUAUUGCUAGGUAGUGUAAGUACCUAACCUACAUGAUAGUCAGUAGGCUUUACACACUCCGCCUUAUCUAUUAUUUAUUAUCUAAAAGACAAUAGGUAUUAUUUAAUUUAUUAAAGAUUAUGUUAGAUAUUAUUAGAUUAUGUUAGAUAUGAUAAUAUAGUGUAGUUUGUCCACUGCAGCUAAAGACUAAUAAAAUUACAAUGAAUACGAAAAUAAGUUGUAAUGAUAUAUACCAAUCACAUUCAUUUGCUCAAAGAAAAUUUAUAAUAGUGUUUAACCUAUUUGAUAAAAAUUGUACUUAUUGUGCACAUGAGGUAUUUGCUGUAAUAGAAAAUGUAAUUCAAAUAUAUAACACAAAAUUAAAGUUAAUAAUGCAUUAUGCAUUUCCGCCCAGUUAAUUUUCUUCAAAGCCAGAUAGAAAGUGAAUCCAUAGAUUUUUUUUGAGGAUGUUUUUAAUUUAAUUACCUCAUCAUUAUGAGUAAAAUCUUAAAUGUUUAUAAACACAUUGAUUUAAUGUCCAAACGAAAAUACUAUCGUCUAUCACUUACCUCUCCAUCACUCGCUUCAUACAAUCGUAGUUCCAAUUUCAU